AACCGUCAGAGUUCAAAUCCCUUACUGGAUUAGGAAAUCUAUAUAUAUCAGAUUUUUUCCCAAUAUUCCCAAUCUUAGUUGCUUAUAUAAUACUUGCAAGUGUGCAUAUAUAUAUAUAUAUAAAAUGUCGACUGAUUUGAUCAGCUGGAACUGGGCUGAGAAAAUCUUCUUCUUUUCUGGGAAAAGAUAAAAAGUGGAGAAAGUUUAUCCUCAAUGUAGACUGAGAAGAAGAAGCCGAAAAGUAUGGGAUUAGACAGAAGGUAAUGGAUAAUGCAAUUUGGAGAUGGGGGGCCCUAAACAAGAUCUCAACUUUUAGUUGAACCAAAAAUAAAAGUGUCCCUUUCACAGGGAGAAAGAUGUGUGAUGGGUUGGUUUCGGAGUUUUCCUCAUCCCCUCUUAAUUAGGGUGCCCCACAAAUUUAGGCAGCCAAUCAGAGAACAAGCCUUUGGAUGAACUUUGAUCCUUCAACCAAUGAAGAAGUGGAUAAGGCCCUUCUGUCUGACCCACACACUGCAAGUCCCUUUUUUAGUAAAAAAGUGCCCAAAAGUGCAAUUCUUUCCCAGUCGACACUCUUCUCUGUUGUGAUUUGUGAAUUUAACUGUAAAAGCGCAGUCUGUGGGGCAUACCCUUGGCCCCUCGAUGGUGUCCUGUUAAAAUAUUUUCUCGUGAACUUUUUAUAAAAUAACACCAACUAGUAGAAAAUAUCAGACUCGGUCUCUAUGUACAGUGUUCAAUUUGAAGGCCGAGAGUUGAGUUUUUAAUACAAACUCACAUUCUGAUCUGAGUUUCUAGUCUAUUGACUCCUGACGUUUCUGGUUAUUUGAAUCCAAUGACGACAAGGAAAAGUGUGGAGAAAACAGCAGAGGGAGGCAAGACUGCCAGAGCCUGUGAUAGCUGUAUCAGCAAGCGGGCUCGGUGGUACUGCGCUGCCGAUGAUGCUUUUUUGUGCCAAGCUUGUGAUGCUUCAGUUCACUCCGCCAACUCCUUGGCUCGUAGACAUGAGCGAGUUCGUCUCCAAACUGCCUCGUUCAGACCCUCUUCAGACAACUCCUCUGCUGCCUCAUGGCACCAGGGCUUCACCAAAAAGCCACGGUCGCCUCGAAUAGGAAAGACUGCUCCGGCCAGGAAACCAUUUCCACAGGUACCGGAGGUUAGUGCUAAAGAAGAAUCUGAAGAACAAGAACAGCUUCUCCUUCAUAGAGUUCCUGUAUUGGGAGCCGAUUCAAAGGAUGGCAAUUUGGCAAGUUUUGUUGGAGAAAAAGAAAGCUCAAAUGGUUAUCUCUCGUAUGAUAUGGAUCCUGCUGAAUUUGCAGCUGAUGUUGAGAGUUUAUUGGGAAACUCGCUUGAUAAUGAGUGCUUUGAUAUGGAAGAACUGGGGCUAGCAGCUUCCAAAGACCACUCAUUGACUAAAGAUGAUUAUUCUUUAAACAGCCACGAAAUUAUUAAGAUUGAACCCGAUGAGAUUGAGGAAUUAACUCCGAUGCUCGGCUCAGAAGCCGAUACAAUGAGGGAGCCAUUUGAGCUGAACUUUAUGGACUUUGGCAGCAAUCCGACAACGUGCGGUGAGGACGAAGACAAGGUGAUGAUGGAAGUCAUGGCAGUGGUGAAGAACGGUGAACUUGAGAUGGAAGAGACAAAGGUUGUUAAAAACAAAAAGAAAAUAUCAUUGAGUUUGGAUAGUGAAGCAGUGAUUAUAGCUUGGGGGAGUAGAGGAACUCCAUGGACAUCCGGCGAUCGACCGAAUCUCGACCUCGAUUAUUACUGGCCAGACUACAUGGGUACGUAUGAGAGUGAUUGUUACUAUCAGCCUUAUGGGGAGUUUGGCAGCGGAAUUGGACGACACGCGGUGACCGGAGUUGAAGGAGAGAGAGAAGCACGAGUGUCAAGGUACAGAGAGAAGAGAAGGACGAGAUUAUUCGCAAAGAAAAUAAGAUAUGAAGUUAGGAAAUUGAAUGCAGAGAAGAGACCGAGAAUGAAAGGGAGGUUUGUGAAGAGAUCGUCAUGCUUUGCGCCACCACCUUUGCCUUUAUUUAAUCAAUGAAUUAAUUAUUAACAUAUAGUAUAUAUAUUUUCAAUCUGUGCUUGUUUGUAAUUUAAUCGCCAAUUUUGAUUUUGUACCACUAAUUUUAUACAAUAAAUGCCUUUUAUCCAAAGUUCCGUAUUCAUCGGAUAAUUUGGAGUUGAA